AUGUGGCAAUAUCCCGUUUGGUUGUUUGCGAUUUUUCAUCUUAGCAAGUCUUAUGGUUACGUUAUUGAAGGUACUGUUGUAAUGCCUCCUGAAGCUCCUCCAGACUGGCAUGUCAACACACGAAUUAACAUAGCUGGAGAUCAGUUCGUUGGUUUUGUGAAAGCAGAUGGUAACUUCGAAGUAACUAAUGUCCCAUCUGGAUCAUAUAUAGUUGAAGUCAUAAAUCCCGUCUAUUAUUUCCAGGGUGUUCGGGUCGACAUAAGUUCUAAAGGCCGUAUUCGGGCGCGUCAGCUAAAUGCACCACAGCCCAAUGCUGUGAAAGAACUCCCGUAUCCCUUACGUCUUUCCAGUUCUGGAAGAGCAGUCUACUUCAAGGCACGUGAACAACUACGUACCUUAGAUCUAUUAUUCAAUCCAAAUGUUCUUUAUGUGCUAGUUCCGUUAUUACUGGUUGUGAUAUUGACAAAACUAGUGAAUACUAAUGAUCCUACUGUACAAAAAGAAAUGCAACAAAUGAAUAUUCUUAAUCCACAACAACAAUUACCUGAUAUGAGUGAAUUCCUUUCGUCACUGUCUUUAUUCGGUGGAAAUACUAA